UCAAACACUAGUUUUUUGUAUUGUAGGCAAAAGAGCUGCAUUUUGCAGAGUUUGUAGGUCAAAGACAGCCCUUUAACUCAAAAGCUAUAACUUUGUAAUCUCAAACACGACACCACGUAAUUAGCUGAGUUUUAGAUUAAAUGAUAAUAACCAGUAAUGAACCACGUGACUGACUCAUUUCUAAAGAGAUAUCAAUAAUAAACAUCCCCCGUAACAUGGAAUAGGCAUCAAAUCUGUCUCAAUUUGAUUUUAUAAGAAUCCAUAUUUUGAUGCCAAUUUUCCUCUUGCAAUCAAUCAAUAUAUAAUCCUUGGUGACUGCCUAAAGGUCCGACCCACAAAUUCACUAAGUAAACAUGUUGGCAAAAAUGAAAGCUAGUACCGAGCAAGAGCUCGAAAAGAAGACAGCGGAUUUCGAGAGAAAACCCGCCCCUUCUGUAGACCGCAAACAGAGUUACGUUGAGCGGAAGGGGAGUGUUAGUGAAAAAAGGAGAAAUAGCAUUGCACCAAUGCCUAAAAAACCGGUAACCGGUGGCAAAGCCGCCCAGCAGAUGGGUCAUUCCCUGACCGGAAUGUUGGCCACCAAAAAGUUCUUUAAGCGGUUUUCCAAAAGAGAAAGAACAUUAUCGACAGUUACUGUUCCACCCAAGGAAUAUGAACCGACUUAUCGUAUGGUCCCGAAACGGAAGUUCAAUCAACAGCACGUGCAUGAAGUAAUUAAAAAACUUGUGGACGAAAAGUUGGAUAAAAUGAUUUACAGCAAAAAAUGGUCACCCAAUCUUACAAAAAUUAUGUGUAACCAAAUUAAAGAGAAGAUAAAGACAUUGAAUUAUGAAAGGUACAAACUGAUUUGCAACGUAACGCUGGGAGAAAAUAAAGGACCCGGUAUCAUGGCGACCAGUCGAUGCUCUUGGGAUCCCAAAACGGACGAUUUUGCUACUUAUUCCUUUCAGAGCAAAUAUUUGUACUGCACUGUUACAGUUUUCGGUGUUUACAAGGAAUAAUUUCAACUGUGUUAUAGCAAUGUGUUUACUGUAAUUUUGAUAUUUGUGAGGAUGAAAUAACUGUGAUUAUGAUAUUUUUUGAAUGUGAUGGUGUGCCAGCCUUUUUAAUACAAUUAUUUUGAUGCAAAGAAAGACUCACUGGUAAAAGAUAGAAAGACUACUGAUUGACAAUACAUGUAUAUAACUGAGUUGUGCUUAAGUGCUAGGUCCAUAGACGUGCGUGCGAAAAUGAAAAGAAUGCUCUAAAUGCAAUAUUUAUUUUGCAGAUUUUCUGUCCAAUGAGAUUAUCUUUUCUUAUGGUUUCAAAUUGUGGAGAUAAUGUCAUUGCAUUUAAACUAGGAAUAAAAGUAAGCUGUCUAUCCAACCUUGCUUUGGGAAUUAUAUGAGUAAUUUAUCUUGACAACGCAUUUGUUUCCAUACGUUGUUACAUAUUUUAUUAUAUUCUUCUGAUACUAGCUAAACAAAGCCUGUUCUAAUCUAGGAUCAAUAUGUAUAAUACUACCGAAUUUACAUUUGAAAUUGAUUUUUCAUUUCCUAUUUCUAACAGCGAUGAAUAAAUUUCGAAAUUGA